AUGUAUGAUUUAAUCAGCGAAUUCAAGUGUGCCGUAUGCUUUGACUACAUGAAACCGCCAAUCCAGAUGUGCUUUGCCGGUCACAGCUGUUGCAGAUCCUGUUUCCGGCGUAUGAAUCAAUGUCCCGAAUGCAGAGGCAAAAAGAGCAAUUUCAGAAACUUGAACCUGGAAAGGAUAUUCUACAAACUCGACUUCCCCUGUCAAAACGAAGACAACGGUUGCGACUUCGUCGCCAAGGGAAUGAGUAUAAUGAAACACGAAGGUAAGUGCAGAUAUGUAAAUCUGCAAUGUCCGUUUACUACUUAUGGAUGCUCAUGGUCGGGAGCGUACCUUACAAUGGAGGACCAUUUAAGGGAUGCGCAUGAUUUCAAGGAUGAUAUUCCUGACAUUUGUGAUUUAGGGGGUCUCGACGAAGAAGCCAAUUGUUGGCGACAGGCGCUGAAGUUUGACGGACACUUGUUUCUACUUUGCGUAAUAAAGGCAGAUGAGUGUUUUUGGUUUGGGGUUUACUCGAUGAUCAACACUGAUAUUGAAUACAAUUAUAAAAUAACCUUCGUGAAUUUUAAGAAGAACAGGACGGCCCGUUUUAGCGGUAUUUGCUCAACUCACAGAAAAUACGCGACAGAAGAAUUUAACAGGCACAAUAUCCAGAGCGCACCUCAGAUGUUGAAAUCUUCAGAAAACCUCAUCAAACGGACGAUAUAA